GAAUACAUUGCGAGGCCGUUGACAACACGUCAAAAAUGGCAGAUCCAACACCUAGUAAAAGUGAUAUUGAGGAAAUUUUCAAAAGAUUACGAGCUAUUCCCACGAACAAGACAUGCUUUGAUUGCAAUGCAAAAAAUCCAGCAUGGGCCAGUGUGACAUAUGGUAUCUUCCUAUGCAUCGACUGCUCUGCAGUCCAUCGAGGACUGGGUGUUCAUUUGACAUUUGUGCGAUCUACCCAACUUGACACAAGUUGGACAUGGUUACAGCUAAGAAACAUGCAAUUGGGUGGAAAUGCAAAUGCUAGAAAAUUUUUUAUACAACACAAUUGUACAACUGAUGCACAUCAGAAAUAUAAUUCACGUGCUGCUAUGCAAUAUAGAGAAAAAUUGUCUCAAGCAUCUGCUCAGGCCAUGCAACGCUAUGGGACAAAGGUUUUACUUCCUUCGACAAAAAAUAAAAAAAUGCUGCAUUUAGAUGAAAAUCCAGCUCCAACAACAGAGGAUCAUAACGAAAUUGACUUCUUUAAAGAACAUGAAAAUUUUGAUUUACAUUGCAAUGAGUCUUCAACCCAUGUAGAAGGAAAUUCAGUAUCUCUUUCUAAUCCUGUUUUAAUAAAUGACAACAGAGAUAAAAGCAAUCAGAAAGUUACACAGGAAGCAGGAUCAAGUUUAUUGGGACCCUCUGUUAAAUUAUCUGGUUCUGUCUCGAAUUCGUUACCAGAAAGAAAGUCAACUAUAGGAGUUAGAAAAAUUCAGAACAAGAAACCUUUAGGGAAGAGAACUGGUGGAUUGGGCGCUCAGAGGGUGAAAACUAAUUUUGAUGAGUUAGAAAAAAGUGUUACUGAAGCUAGUAAAGCAUUGCAAGGAAAAAAUCCUCAGGAUAAUGAAAGUAAAGAGGAACAAGAAGAAAUUGCCACCCGUCUUGCUUACCGAUAUGAACAAAAUUUAAAUGAACAAGCUAAGAAAGUGGAGGAAAGAGCAAAGCAGUUAGAUCCAUCCAGAGCAUCUCAAGCAGAGCGUCUUGGUAUGGGAUUCAAUACACGAGGUGGUGCCAGUCAUUCAGCACUUGCUGACAUGCAGACGAUAACACAGGAAACAUCAUCGAAAACUGUGACCGCGUCUGAGCCGAGGAUUGUCGAUGUGGAACGAGGUCCUUUCAUUAGUUUAGAUGAAUUUUAUGAAGCCUUAUCAAUUCCAUACAGUAAUAAUACUAAUAAGAAAUCUCGCGGCGAAGAAGUUGUUGUAAUAGCUGAGCCAGAACCACCGAAACGAGUACGUCCACCAAGUCUAUCAAGCAAUAACAAAAGUGAUAGUAAAGUAUCAACACCGGAGUCCGAAGCACAAAAGAAAUUUGGUAGUGCAAAGGCUAUCAGCUCAGAUCAGUAUUUUCAAGAUAGCAAAGAUGACGAUUCCUGGGAACGUAAAAGCAAUCUGCGUCGUUUCGAAGGUUCAUCUAGCAUUUCAUCGGCAGACUACUUUGGCACAGAAAAUUCUACACCCACUGCUCCGAAAAUUUCUUUGACAGUGCGUUUCAGCGGUGGAAGCGCCGGAGUUGUGGAGUUCCACGAUGUCAGGGAAAGUGUACGCCAAGGAGUGAACAAAGUCGCGGACAGAUUAAGUUCCCUGGCGAACGCGGCUGUUUCAUCUAUACAGGAUCGUUAUGGACUUUGAAUGAGGAUCUACUGCAUUUUACUAACAUUAUAUGUGUUAUAAUACUUAUAUCUGGACACUUCUGGUCCAUUGUUCGAAAUUGUAAAUAAAAGCUUAUAAUUCAGCUUA